AACAAAACCCCUCCCCUCACCUUUUAUGAAACCGGCCGCCAAUUCCUUUUCCCACCAUGGAGUGAAGCAUCAGCGGAGAAAAAAACCCUCCCCGUCGCCACAAUUCCAGUGCGAGGCAGAAAUAAGAAGAAUCCCACCACCGCCCCUGUUCUCUGACCCCGAUCUCGAUCCCAUCCCUUUCGUGCUUCUAGCGGUGAUGUUUGAGGGUUCGAUCAACGAGGAGAUCAACGUCCCGGGUCAUCCAACCUAGGCCUAGGCGCGUUCUAGAGGUGCAAAGAGGGGAAGAUGACGCACCCAUCAAGAGGAGGUUACUCGAGGAGAGCAGCACCGGCAAACCUGAAGAUGUCAACUGGAUCUGGGUAACGAGGUUGGGACCUCCCAUAUAUCUGUCUUUAGUUUCAUGUCUUAAUGAGUAAAGUGGGAAACUCAAGGAUUGUGUUUUUUAUGUUUUGUUUGCUCAGGGUUGAGGUCGCCCAAGUGUUUAGGGCAUUUCACUUGAAAAUCUAAAACAUUGUG